GGUGAGGCAAUCAUUCGGCCAAGUUCGAAAUCAGCUUCGCAUCUUACUGUGACAUGGAAAGUAGCUGAUGGCAUUUAUCAGCAUAUUGAUGUCAAGGAAGAAGGCAAGCAACAUCAGUUCAGCCUUGGCAAAACACUGCUGAUUGGUUCAGAGGAAUUUGAAGACUUGGAUGAAAUUCUUGCGCGCCACGUCCAGCCGAUGGCUGCACUAGCGCGCGAUGUCCAAUCACACAAAUAUUUCUUGGAUGGAAAACGAGCCGAAGAACGUGAAGCAAUUGAGGCGUACUUAUUUGAUGAGAAGAAGCGAAACCCGCAACGGAUACCUUAUACGAUGACGCCGUCACAGGACUAUCCAGGAAAAUUUGUGUUGUCAUAUUUGCCACAUAUUAAACCGAAACAUGAAUAUAUGACUGCCACGUCCGAGGGAUUUCGCUUCAGGCAACAACUGUUCCCAAGUCUGGAAGCGCUGCUGGCGUGGUUCAAAGUGCAUUUUCGGGAACCACCGCCUGGAAGUAAGCUUUCGUUCUUAAUCGCAGCACUUAUUCUAAGCAAUAUAAAUUUCCGAAAGUCUCAUUUGAAAAAUGACGCAAAGAAGUACUCAGUUUCAGCAGGAUGA